UUUUUAUUUUUUUACGUGCGUUCCCCUUAGUUUAUACCGACUUUCUCUCACUUCAAACAGCCUCUGAAUACAAAUAGGAAGUAAAUUAUUAUAUACUUUAUACAUAAUCUGUGCAGUGUAAAAUUCAACUCUAUCUAUCUGCGCAAAUAUUGCGCAGCCUUCUCGCUUGCAGAGCAAAGGGAGGUAUGCGUCAUCAUGAUGCGACGAGCAACGUUGUUCUAACGUGACGCGUCAGUAUGAAAGCAUAUUUAUAAACGCGCUGGAGAAAAUAUCCACUACUUUUUAAGUUUACUUGUAUGUGUGUGAAAACAAAGUGCGCAUACACAAAUACUGGUCAGAUCAUAACUAUUAUACAAAUGCAUUCUAACUGGGGAAAUUAGCUGGUCAUGGAUCCUGUUGUUAGACGUAAAAUCCCUGCGUGUGUUCGUUCAUUACUCACUGAUAUUGCACCAAAGGAGGAGGAACACUUAAGCGACUGGCCACAAACCGACUCCGAGCAAAUUACCACCAAAGAUGGGAUCGCACUUCCUAAAAGAGGGACUUCUGAACCUCUCCUGACACCUUCUGAUGACACAAAGGGCGGAACUACUGAUGGAAAUGCAUCAUUAGUCAAGCCAUGCGGGCUUUGCUUAUCCAAACCGUCCUGUUACACUUGCCCAAGGUGUAACAUCCUAUAUUGCGGACUGGCUUGUUACAGGAGUCAGAAUCACUCUUCAUGCUCAGAGGAGUUUUACAAAGAGUCUGUGCUUCAGGAGCUGAAGUCCCAAGGUGCCACAGAUGAAGAGGGGAAAAGAAAAAUGCACGAAAUUCUGUUACGGAUCAGACAGAGUGCAGAGAGUGAGGGAGGGAUGGAGAAUUUAAUAAGGAACUUGGGAGAAGAUGGGAAUAGUGUGACUGAACAAGACGCACAUGCUUUAGAGCUGCUUUCUAGGUUAGCAGAGAUUCAAUCUGGUGGGGAUGAAAAAAGUCCCGAGGUGCAAGAAAUACUGGCGAAACUUGGAGAUAUUGAAGACGGGAGUGAUGAAGAGGAAGCUGAUUUAGCUGAAAAGUUAGCCGGGCUCGAUAUUGACUCUCUUUCAGAGGAAGAACUCUGGUCGUUGUUGUCAUCCCAGGAAAAGGAGAAAUUUGAGAGACUGGUGAAAGAAGGUGGCAUCGGUGGGCUGGUUGUCCUGUGGAGCCCCUGGUGGGAACGGCAUGAGAAAGACACUAAAGCACUUAUAGAGGAACUUCAGUCUGGGAAUCAUGAAGAAAUGCAUGAUGUGACUGAGAAAAACGACGGAGAAAGCAAGGAAGUCAGUCACAGUAAAGUACAAUCAAACAAAACGCUAAGAAGCCAAAUCCCUCCAAUAAGUGCCAAAAUCCCUCCUCUUCACACGCUAUCCUCAAAGCCAUCUCCUCUAGUGCGGUACAACCUGAUCAAUGCUCUUUAUGGAUACACCUUCUCGCUGUGUCUUUUCAAUGGAGACUUCUCAGAGAUGUUGCUGGAGUUUUGUCAGGCGGUGCUUGCCAUCUCAGAGGGUCUGGGUGGCGGACGGGUCUUCAGCUCUGUCCCAGAGGCGCUUGACGCCGGAAUAAGGGCUGUAUCUGCAGGAGGAUACUAUGACCGUGAGGACCCUUUAGCUUCACUUCGAGCAGUGGAAGCGGUGGCUCAUAUUCUGACUGGAGAGAGCAGAGAGGACGCUGCGGGAUAUUCGCUGUCCGCUUUGUCCCAGCUGCGCGCGGCUUUGAGCAAGGCAAAGGCUUCUGUUCCCAAGGAAGACGAGCGGACCAGGCGGAUGUAUUUUCAAGCUGGAAAGAAGUGUGAGUUUUUUCAGUCUUGGGUAAUAGAGAAUUCCAAAGUUUUGAGGAGUCUGGCAGGAUGCGUGUGGACGGACUAUGAGGGCAGGGAGGAGGAGAGGGCGACAUUAGAGGGAGAGAAGAAACUUUUGGGAGAGAGACGGGAAAAAAGUAGAGUUAAAGGUGCAUUGAUAGAAGAGAUUGAGUGAGAUUGUGAUUAUUACAAUAUAUUAGUAAUUAUUUAAAAUUAAGCAAUUGUUUAUUAAAAGCAUUUGUGUGUAAUGUCUCUAUUUAAUUCUUUAAAAAAAAAAAAAACAUUUUAGGUGAAAAUAAAAUCAGAUCAUUUUUGUUACUCUUGCUACUAUUGUGGUUGUUGUUGAGCAUCUUUAAAUGUCAUUCAAGCUACAGUCCACACUCAAAAAGCAUUUGGCACUGAUGAUAUUAAAAUGCAUUUUAAUAAUAUAAUACAAUAUAUUUUUCAUAAUUAAUAAACAACAACAUUUGAAUGAAUGGAUAGCCAUGUUAUGAUGCAAAUAAAAACAAUGGAUGUCCAGUUCUCUG